AUGAGGUGGUUCCUGCCCUGGAUGUUGGCAGCCGCCGCGGGCAGCACCCUGGCUUUGGUCCUCUCUCCUGCCCCUAUGGCCAUGGCCUUCACCCCAGCACCACUGGAGGACACAUCCUCACAUCCCCAAUUCUGCAAGUGGCCCUGUGAGUGCCCACUGUCCCCACCUCGCUGCCCUCUGGGAGUCAGCCUUAUCACAGAUGGCUGUGAAUGCUGUAAGAUGUGUGCCCAGCAGCUUGGGGACAACUGCACAGAAGCUGCCAUCUGUGACCCCCACCGGGGCCUGUACUGCGACUACAGUGGGGACAGCCCGAGGUACGCAAUAGGAGUGUGUGCACAGGUGGUCGGCGUGGGCUGCUUACUGGACGGCGUGCACUACAACAACGGCCAGUCCUUCCAGCUCAACUGCAAGUACAACUGCACGUGCAUCGACGGCUCCCUGGGCUGCACGCCGCUGUGCCUGCGCGUGCGCCCCCCGCGCCUCUGGUGCCGUCGCCCCCGGCGGGUGCGCGUGCCUGGUCGCUGCUGCGAGCAGUGGGUGUGUGAUGACAACACCAGGAAGCCCCGCAAGACCACGCCGCGGGACACGGGAGCCUCUGCAGCCGUGGGUGAGGUGGAGCCGUGGCACAGAAACUGUGUAGCCUACACGAGCCCCUGGAGUCCCUGCUCCACCAGCUGUGGCCUUGGCAUUUCUACUCGUAUCUCCAGUGCCAAUGCCCGCUGCUGGCCUGAACAGGAGAGCCGCCUCUGCAACCUACGGCCGUGCGGGCUGGACAUCCGUCCACACAUCAAGGCAGGGAAGAAGUGUUUGGCUGUGUACCAGCCAGAAGUGCCCAUGAACUUCACCCUCGGGGGUUGCAUCAGCAUACGUUCCUACCGACCCAAAUACUGUGGGGUCUGCACAGACAAUAGGUGCUGCAUCCCCUAUAAGUCCAAGACCAUCGACGUCUCCUUCCAGUGUCCCAAUGGGCCUGGCUUCUCCCGCAAGGUUCUAUGGAUCAACGCUUGCUUCUGCAACCUGACCUGUAGGAACCCCAAUGAUAUCUUUGCAGACUUGGAGUCCUACCCUGACUUCUCAGAAAUCGCCAAUUAG